AUGCCUGGUGGUACCACUGUUCGGGACGUCGAGCCCCACAAGUUCGUCAACGCCUAUGCUGCUUUCUUGAAGCGCCAGGGCAAGCUGCCCGUUCCCGGUUGGGUUGAUACCGUCAAGACCGGCCCCGCCAAGGAGAUGCCCCCCCAGGACAUCGACUGGUUCUACGUCCGCGCCGCCUCCGUUGCCCGCCACGUCUACCUCCGCAAGACCGUUGGUGUUGGCCGUCUCCGCCGCGUCCACGGCACUGCCAAGAACCGUGGCAGCCGUCCCUCCCACCACGUUGACGCCUCUGGCUCCGUUGACCGCAAGGUCCUCCAGGCCCUCGAGAAGAUCGGUGUCCUCGAGCACGACGAGGAGAAGGGUGGCCGCCGCAUCACCCAGCAGGGCCAGCGUGAUCUGGACCGUAUUGCCCAGACCGUCAUCGAGGCCGAUGAGGAGGAGGAUGACGAGUAA